AUGGCGCCGACGCAGCCCAGCCCGGAAAGUAGCACGCGCGAGCAGAUCAUCGUCGAGGCGUGGGCUCAAGGCCUCAACGUCGGUGCUAUUGUGAUCCUCAUCCUGCUGGUUUUGUGCAAUUAUCGCCACAAGGCUCUGCUGCAUAAACUGAUUCUCAGCGAACUACUACUUGCCCUCGGACAUGGGUUCUUUGCAUUCUUUCAAGAACCCGAGUUUGGCUGGGUCCUCAGCAGCACAGCAGCUCUGCUGUACAUUUCCUAUUUUGUACACAAUGUCAUCGCCUGGCUCAAGAUCAAACCGUUCCUCCCAAAAUGGGGCUCCCGAGUCUUCAUAAUCUCCCUCCUCGCCGUACAACCAUUUUGGGUCCUCGAAACAUGGGCCAACUUUCAGUACCACAACAACCUCGGGAGCAGACUCUUGGACACAUCAAGGCUAUUCGAGCCGCUAGCAAGAGACCCCUGGUGGGUAUUCACCACCAUAAAACUCGUCCUGGCAAUCAACGACAACUACGAAUUCACGAUACCAAAGCUCGUUCGGAUAAGCCCGCGAUUCGGCGUCAUGCUUCUUUGUCUUUUUCUGUCCAUCAUAUUUGUUGUUGUGGAUGUCGUCUUUAUGAUUCUGGUUUCGAAAAGAGGCGGUUUAAACCCAUUUUGGCGGCUCGCACUUGUUUUCAAGUGUGCAUCCGAUGUCAUAUUCUUAGACGACUUUAAGAGCGUUCUUGAUCGUAUCUCGGAGUCCGCUAUGAGGAAGAUUGCCACAUUCAGUUACCGAGACGAUGAUACUUCACAACCUACAAAUCAGAAUCGCUCAACACCUGGCUUUUCUGGUUUCGAGUUCCGCCGUAAGAGCUCAAGGCCAGCAGCAUAUGGAAAUGAGAACGGCUGCUUACAGGGACGCUCGGGGUCCUGUGUGAGCGCCGAGGAUGGCCAUUAUGAGUAUGCAACCAGCUACGACCAUUUUCUCGCCGAGGAUAGUAGCCCUAGUGGCCAUAGGGGACAGAGAAGGGCUUCAGAACAUGGAAAUACACAUUCAAGAGAUAUUGAACUCGGGGAACGAGAGGAUGGCAUUCUCAUGGAGCCGUUAAACUCGUUUACUAAUUUUGAGGAUAUUCUCUGUCGCCUUCCCCAUGCUGCACAUUUGAGCAAGGCUCUUCAUUACGUGAUCAAGCUAAGCCAAGCCAACCAAACCAAACCAACUCGGUCCUGGCGGCUGCUUCUCUCCCAGUCUCCUCAACCUUUUCUUUUAUUCAUGGGUCAAUCUAUCGGGACUCUGCUUCCACUGCGACUGCGGUUAUGGCUUGGCAAGCGGAUCUUCCGUCCGCUUGGCCCCUUUACAGUGAGGGUAAGCUGGCAUCGCCUUAUCAAAGGACCAUGCAAGCCCACCGAGGUGGAGGCCAUGCAGUACGUCGCCGCCCACACAACGAUUCCAGUGCCCAGGAUCUACGCUGUCCAUACCGAAACCAACGGCCGCAUUUACAUUGAGAUGACUUAUAUCCAGGGAGACAGCCUAGACAGUGCUUGGCGUCGCAUGUCGGUCGACGAGAAGAAUACCGUUUUUGCCGACAUUAAGCAGCGUGUGUCUUGUCUUCGCGAGCUUCAACCUCCGGCCCAAGAUAUAGUCUCCUCAGCUCUUCAGAAUCCCGCAUUUGACUGCCGCAUAGGAGCUUGCUACUAUGGCCCCCUGAACCAGUACGAGUUCCACUCAUUGGCCCGAGGGCAUUUGCGCAUGGAAGACGUCGCACCUUUCCUUGGCCCAGAAGUGGCCAAAGUGCACACGUCCCACUACAAAACUCACUUUACCCAUGCAGAUCUGGCACCGAGGAACAUUAUUGUGCGGCGUGGACGUGUCGUCGCUAUCGUUGAUUGGGAGUUUGCGGGAUGGUAUCCAGAGUACUGGGAGUUCACCAAGGCGUACUAUAACUGCUUUCCCGAUGAUGAAUGGGAGGAUUAUCUUCACAUUGCUCUUCCCUGCUAUGACACAGAGCUUAUUGCGGAGCAAACUCUCUGGACGAGGCUGCCGGAGCCCGGCACAAAGACUUCAUCGUAUCGUGAUGGCGUUUGGGUCGAGCGCCAGGGGUCGAGCCCUUCAGCAGCUUGGUUAGAUGCCAGGGCAGGCCGUCAGCUGUCAGAUCUGUGGUCUUUGGCCCUUUCUUGA